GUAAAGAAAGGAUUGCUUCAAACCCCUGAUUAUUUCAUCACAUUCACAGCCACCUCUAGAAGUUGGGAGGCCAGAGGGCUUCUGAGGCUUGAUGAUUCAACAGCACUUUUUACAGAGUGUCCUGUAAUGCUACAUUAUUUCAAGAUGUUGAUUCCUUUUAUCCAAACUGUUUUACUUCUGGUUUGUCUGACUGCUGCUGAUACUGAUAUUGGAGAAGAGCUCAAUGAGACCGUCAUUUGUACCAAGGAUUUGAUAGAGGUGGAAAUUCCAAGUGGGUUUUUUCUUUCAAAGAACCCUCCAAUUUUCAUUUCAGAUUUGCACCUUAAUGAUCCUGAAUGUCGCGGCAAAGAAAAAGAUGACUUUUAUAUUUUCAGCAUUCAAACCAAUUUCACCGAAUGUGGAACUAUAAUGACUUCAGAUGACUCCCAUAUUGUGUUUAUCAACACUAUACACAGCAAUUCCACUGAUAUAGUCACAAGAUCCUAUAUCAAUAUCACCUUUGCUUGCCGUUAUCCCAUUAACUACAUGGUGCAGCAGCCAAAUGGAGAGAGCAGAAUCAGUGUUGAUAUCAGAACUAUAACACUGAACACAGAAGAUGGAAACUUUUCUGUCUCCAUGAUGUUGUACAAGGAUAAUGGAUUUGAGGACCUAUGGACCACAGUGCCAUCUCUUAAGCUUGAGGACAACAUAUUUGUCAGAGUUCACAUGAUUCCAGGUCAUUUGAUAAUAAGGCUUGAAAAAUGCUGGGCUACCCCCACAAAUGAUCCUUCUCAUCCCGUACAGUACACAUUCAUACAAGACAGCUGUUCACGUGUAUUCCUGGAUGAAACCAUGGCUAUCAUUAUGAAUGGAGUUGACGCUGAAGCAAGAUUUAGGAUCCAAAUGUUUAAGUUUGUGGGUCUUGCCUACAAUGAUGUCUUUCUCCACUGUGCUGUUCAGAUAUGCCACAACACUGAAACUAUUUGCAAGCCAAAUUGUACUAACCACAGAAGAAUAGCCCGGAAUAGAAGAGAGCUGCAAGCUGCUCAUACUGUUACCUAUGGGCCAAUUAAACUCAAAGUAUCAGAAGACGGAGUUGCUGCCACAAAUAAAGGAACUUUCUUCACAGUUGAAACAAUUAUUCUGGCCUGUGUUCUGACUGUUGUAUUAAUAACAACUGGCAUAUUUGCCAAACUUUUCUUUAAUUCUAGAAGAUCAUACCCUACAAUGCAAGCCCAGUUAACGCUUGCCAACAUCUACCACUCAGAGGUGGCAUCAUGAUGAACUUCUAUGUCAUAUAUAUAUUGUAACUCAUGGGUUUUAUACAAAUUACAAUGGACUUACUGUAUAUGAAGUAGCAUAUGACAAAGUCAGGCAAAGAAGCCAAAUAAAUUUUGGCCUGACUCCUCCAACAUAUAUUUUUGAUAUUUUUGGAAAGAUUUGUAUUGGAUGAAUUAUAUUUCUUUAGUUCAACAUUAAUCAAAUUGACUUACAAUGUGUGUACAAAUAUGACACUAAACUGCUACAUUCUGCUGUACAUUUUACACAUUUUUAAAUUAAUAAACAUGAAAUCAUUAAAACAAAGUGAACUA